AUGGCUCUCGCCUUCGUCGUGGCUGCACUUCUCGCAGCCUGCGCCCAUGCCGCCGUCCCUAACGCCAUGUUGCGUGCCGUCCCCGCACUCCCGCCCAUCACCGCAGAAGAGGGACUUCGCACUACACCAAACGGCACGACAGUCCCAUCUCUCAACACUGUUUAUAUCUUCGACCAGCUCAUCGACCACACGAACCCUAGUCUAGGGACAUUUAAACAACGUUACUGGAUGGACUGGGAGUACUACAAACCUGGAGGCCCCAUCAUCUUCAUGACGCCGGGCGAGGCCAAUGCCCAAAACUAUACUGGCUACCUUACCAAUUCCACCAUCAACGGACUAAUAGCACAACAACAAAAUGGCGCCACCGUUCUCAUCGAGCACCGGUUCUUCGGUCUAUCCAAUCCUUACCCUAAUCUCUCGUCUCAAUCUCUUGCUUUCCUUACCAUACAACAAGCUAUUGAUGACUUGGUAUACUUUGCUCAACAAGCCAACCUCCCUAUGCCCGGCGGUGACAAUGUCAAACCCAACACCACCCCAUGGAUUCUCAUUGGUGGGAGUUACUCUGGUGCACUGACGGCCUGGACAAUGGUCAACCGACCUGGGAUCUUCUAUGCCGGAUAUUCGUCGUCAGGCGUCGUAGAAGCCAUCACGAACUAUUGGGCAUACUUUAAACCUAUACAAGAAUACAUGCCUCAGAAUUGCUCGGCCGAUGUCCAAAGGGUUAUUGCUUACUUAGACGGAUUAUACGCUACAAACGAUACCCAGAAGCUCCAGGAACUCAAAUCAGCAUUUGGGCUCGGCGGGCUAUCACACAUCGACGAUUUUGCGGCUGCCCUGCAGUAUAAUCUCUUUGACUGGCAAGAGCUCACGCCAUUCAUAGGUCCCGGAGCGAUGUUCUUCCAGUUCUGUGAUGCACUCGAAGUCAAGGACGGCCAGAUUGCAGGUCCUGGUGGUUGGGGUCUCGAAAACGCGAUCCAAUCGUGGGGCGGGUUCUGGAACAGUACAUAUUACCAGCACGUGUGUGGCGACGCGGAUGCUGAAACGUGUCUCGGAACCUACAACGUAAGCCAAUCAUACUGGACUAGCACCGCCAUCAACAACAAUGAGCGUUCGUGGUUCUGGGUAGUGUGCAAUCAAGUGGGAUUUUACCUAGGAGGACCCCCUGUUGGCCAACCUGCAAUUGCGAGUCGCAUCCUCACACCGGAAUACUCCGAGCGGCAAUGUGUCAAUAUGUUCCCUCAGAAAUUCAGCUCCCCGCCUCAACCUGCAGCCGCGCAAGUCGAUGAGGAAUAUGAAGGAUGGGGUGUCGAAGUCGAUAGACUCUUCUUUGCAAAUGGACAACGCGAUCCCUGGCGUGAAGUCACCGUUUCCUCGGAUUUCAUUUACAAGUCCAGUACGGACACGCAACCAAUCUACAGUGGUGUCGUCGACGCUUCUAUCGCAAGGGUGCAAUCUGCGGCUCUUGGGUACAUGAAGACGUGGUUGGCAAGUUGGACGCCAUCCUGGGCCGUAGUCGCGAAUGGAACUACUUGA